AUGACUGGUGGCGCACUCCCCUGGCAUUACCAGCAGAUCUUGAUCCUUGGGAGAAGAACCCAGUCAUCGUACGUGUCACCACCGAAAGGAGAGUACAAAACCGGCGAUGUGGCGGCUGUUGGAGAGCUCCUGUUGGACAUAUCCAUCCAGCUAGCUAAAAACUAUGGCUUGACCUAUGAAGAGAUUGAGAAAGGCCUUCCGCUGAUAGACACAUCGAAGACUCUGAUCCGGGAGGUGUGCCCUCCGUUCUUGGCCAACGUGGAGUGUAGGGCAGGCAAAUAUCGCCGCCUGGAUGGUCUAUGCACCAACCUCAAGCACCCAACUUGGGGUGCCACCAAUACUCCCUUUACCAGAUUGAUCGGACCUCUGUUCGCCGAUGGUAUCACAGCACCUAGGAUAUCCAUCACUGGGCACCAGCUCCCGAGGGCCAGGGUUGUCUCCAGGACAAUGCACCCUGAUGAAGGCUACCAUGAGCAUGCUGGUACAGUCAUGUUGGUAGCUUGGGGACAGUUCUUGGAUCACGACUUCACACUCACUGCUACACCUGAAGGUGAGAAUAUUCCUAUGUUUGUCCUUGACCCAGUAUCUAAGAACGAACCAGAAGAAUGUUGUAGACGCCCUCCACACUUAAAGAACCCAUAUUGCAUGGAAAUUGAGAUCCCAGAAGAUGAUUAUUAUUAUCAAAAAUAUGGCCAAAAAUGUCAAGAUUUUGUGAGAGGUUUUCCUGCUGUCAGACCUGGUUGCAGGCUUGGGUCCCGCACACCGUUUAAUAAACUGACUGCAGUUUUGGAUGCAAAUACAGUUUAUGGAGUUGAUGAAACUUUUGGCAGGCAUUUGAGAGCUGGUUAUGGUGGUUUGUUGAGAAUGAAUCCAGUUUUCGGUGAAUAUGGCCUCAAAGAUCUUCUCCCACUAAAAGUGGACAUUCCUGAUGAAGGCUGUACAAGGACAAAUAGAUCUCAAUUCUGUUUUGAAGCAGGUGAAAUAAGAGUGAAUGAACAAUUGGUGUUGACAUGUAUGCAUACGUUGAUGGCUAGAGAACAUAAUAGACUUGCUCAUGGACUUAGUCAAAUAAAUCCGCAUUGGGAUGAUGAAACUUUAUACCAAGAAGCCAAGAGAAUAGUAAUUGCUGAAGUACAACAUAUUACUUACAAUGAGUUCCUGCCUAUCCUUUUGGGUAAAGAAGUUAUGGACAAAUUUGGAUUGUUACUACAAAAAGAGGGAUAUUGGAAUGGCUAUGAUCCUGAGGUAAAUCCUAACGUUAUUGAUGCAUUUUCUUCAGCGGCAUUUAGGAUGGGUCAUACUCUGCUUCCGACAGCUGUUGAGAGAUGGAGCAAAGCACAUAAGUUUAUAGCUUCAAAACGACUCUCUGAUUUAAUAAGGAGGCCUUAUGACUUAUACAGAGCAGGCGUAUUAGAUGAAUAUGUAAUGGGCCUCAUGAAUCAAGUUGCCCAAGCCAUGGAUGAUUCAGUUACGCAGGAAGUAACCAACAAUUUGUUCAAAAAACCUGGAAAUCAUUUUGGAUUGGAUUUGGUUUCAUUCAAUAUGCAGAGAGGUAGAGACUUCGGAAUCCCAGGAUACAUGGAAUUCAGAAAAUUCUGUGGUCUUCCUGAGGCACACAGCUUUGAAGCUCUUUUUGGUGCUAUGCCUAACACCACUAUUAGCAGAUACACCACCAUUUAUGAGCACCCUUCAGAUGUUGACUUAUGGUCCGGUGGGGUGAGUGAGCGACCACUUCCUGGCAGCAUGAUUGGACCUACCUUUGGUUGUAUCAUCGCUACACAGUUCAGUUAUGCAAGAAGAGGAGACAGAUUUUGGUAUGAGCUACCUAACCAACCUUCUUCGUUCACACCAGAACAACUUCAAGAACUUCGAAAAAUUAAACUUUCAAGAGUUAUCUGCGAUAACACAGACCUGAUUGAUACCAUUCAAGUUUAUCCUAUGGUAUUACCAGAUCAUGAAAUAAACCCAAGAGUACCAUGUAAGAGCGGAGUGUUGCCCAGUAUUGACCUUUCUAAAUGGGCUGAUUUCGGACAAGGAACAAAUAACUUCCACACGACUCUUGAAGGUUUUGAAUCUCUUCUACUCAAAAAAUAAUUUGUAGUUUGUACAAAUAAAUCAUCAAAAUGUUUAAAUAAGGAUGGUCAUAUGAUCAAAUAUAUAUUUGCUGUUAUGACUACCACAACACCGUGCCAAUCUAUGUGUAUAAAAAUAUUUGAUUGAGUUGUACUAAUCAAAUGUAUGGUACAGAAUUUGUGAUUUAUAUUUAGUUUUAUAAUGAGCCAUAUUGUCUCUUAAACAGAAAACAACAAAAGAAAAUCUAUAAUGUCAUUUAUGGAGAGAUUUUUACCUUUCUUCAAAUUUGAAUAUUUAUAAUUUGUUUUUGUGAUUUUUUUUUCUUGUUAUUUUACUAAUUUAAAGUAUUUUUGUAAAUAUUAGGUUUAAAUGUUAGAGCUGAGAUAAUUUAUUUGAAUAUUACCAUUAUUUUUCUUGUUUUUAAUGUUUGUAAAAUGUGAUGUAUAGAUUUUUGUAUUGUUAGUUAUUAAGGAAAAAAAUAAUUUUACAAAGUUUUGUGUAGUUAAUCCUUUUGAAGUUUUAAUUUUAAUAUAGCGUCAUUUUACAGAA